AUGAUGACGGAGUCGAUAGAAGAGCGUACACGAAGGCUUCUGCGGAGUGUCCUGGAGUUAGAGGAGAUGAUACUGGAGGUUCUUGAGCUGGAGUUGGUGCUGAAGGUGCUGAAGCUUGUGCUGAAGAUGUCUGUCCGGUCUCCUGAGCAGUUUGCCGACUUGGCUUUGACACACAAUGUUGCCAAGGAAUUGAUGAAGUAUCACUCACAAACCCUCGGAUAUGUAAUUGGUGGCAAUGGUCGGAGAACUGAAGCUGACCAGCUUGCAAAGGGGGUCAAUUUGUUAGUAGCAACACCAGGCAGGUUGUUGGACCAUCUGCAAAACACCAAGGGUUUCAUAUAUAAGAGACUAAAGAAAGAUCCAAUAACUGGAGAGUCUGAAGGGCUGGCAUUUGAGUUCAAUCUCUGCGAAGAUGUGGCCUCAUGGGAGCAGGUGUGCAUUUUACGUACUGUACAUACUUAUCUGUGUGGUUUAUAUUAA